AUGCUGAUCCUCGAAAUCAAACGAUAGUUGGAAUUUGUAUUGAUAGCAACUGCCAAUAUCAAAGAUUCUAUUGUCAAGAUUGUUUAACUGAUUAAAAAGUUAAUAUCUUUGGAAUUAUUUAAUGAAUGGAUUUAAAGACGAAUUCCCAAUAUUUAAGAUGUAUAAAAGAAAGCUUAAGAGUGCAAGUCCGUUCUUGAUAGUUUAAUAAAUAUAUUUAUUCCUUACUUCAAUAUUAUGAUAGAAUAAUUAGGAAUCUCUUAGAUUGGUGACAUGAUUAAGGGUUUAUGUUAAAUUAAAGUUUGUUAGUACUAAUUAUUUAACCAACUCAAAUAAUCAAUCCAAUAGGUUAAAUAAAUUAUAGACGAGAUAUUAAAAAAAUUCAAGAGUUAAACAGAUUAUUAGUGCAGAAUUAAUUAAGAAUUUUAAAAACCUUUAAUUAAGAAACCGUUGGUUAAAGAAUAAAAAAAACAGGUAAGCAUCUUAACAUCAAUUUUAAAGCCAUUAAACUUGGACCUCAUAAAAUAAUAUGCAAUUAAGUGA